ACCCGGCGAGGGGCCGCGAAAGAAGCGGUGGUGGUGGGCGUCGUGGCCAUGGCGGCGGCUAUCGCCAGCUCGCUCAUCCGGCAGAAGCGACAAGCCCGCGAGCGCGAGAAAUCGAACGCCUGCAAGUGUGUCAGCAGCCCCAGCAAAGGCAAGACCAGCUGCGACAAAAACAAGUUAAACGUCUUUUCCCGGGUCAAACUAUUCGGCUCCAAGAAGAGGCGCAGAAGGAGACCAGAGCCUCAGCUGAAGGGUAUAGUUACUAAACUAUACAGCAGACAAGGCUACCACUUGCAGCUGCAGGCAGAUGGAACCAUCGAUGGCACGAAAGAUGAGGACAGCACUUACACUCUGUUUAACCUCAUCCCUGUGGGUCUUCGAGUGGUGGCUAUUCAGGGAGUUCAAACCAAGCUGUAUUUGGCCAUGAACAGCGAGGGAUACCUGUACACCUCGGAACAUUUCACACCUGAGUGCAAAUUCAAAGAAUCGGUGUUUGAAAAUUAUUACGUGACAUAUUCAUCGAUGAUGUACCGUCAGCAGCAGUCAGGCCGAGGGUGGUAUCUGGGUCUGAACAAAGAAGGAGAGAUCAUGAAAGGAAACCAUGUGAAGAAGAACAAGCCUGCAGCCCACUUUCUGCCCAAACCACUGAAAGUGGCCAUGUACAAGGAGCCGUCGCUGCACGAUCUCACGGAGCUCUCCCGAUCUGGAAGCGGGACCCCAACCAAGAGCAGAAGCGUCUCCGGCGUGCUGAACGGAGGCAAAUCCAUGAGCCACAAUGAAUCAACGUAGCCAGUGAGGGCAAAACAAGGGCUCUGUAACAGAACCUUACCUCCAGGUGCUGUUGACUCCUUCUAGCAGUCCUUCACCCCAAAGUUCAAAUUUGUCGAUGACGUUUACCAAACAAACAGGCAGAUUCACUAUUCUAUCUGCCGUUAAACCUUCUUCUCAUAAAGCCCCAUAAUUUAGAUUGAGCUUGUGCAAAAAAAAAAAAAAAUGCCAAGCAUUAUCAAGUGAACUAAGUCUGGGGGAAGGACUGCUCAAUUUUCUCAUGCUCUCACCUAUGCUUUGGGGAAGACGAACCAAAAACAGUUCACAGCACUAAUGCUGAUAAAAAUUUGCUCUCCAACCAAGAAAAUUUAAAAGACCACUCUGUUCUUCAAAAAUAAACAAGCAAACAAACAAAAAAACUAAACAGAACAAAAUUAACUGCUUAAAUGUUUUGUAGGGGCAAACAAAAUUAUGUGAACUGUGUUGUUUUCUUGGCUUAAUGUUUUCUAUCUAUGCUUGACUCAAACGUAUUCUUUACUUUGGUAUAGCGCAACUUUAUGAUUUCUGAAAUUCAAUGGUUCUAUUGACUCUGCGUCUCUUAAUCCAACUCAACCAAAUUCAGGGUUGAAGCUGAAUUGGCAUCUCAGGCUCAAGGUAACAGUGUUCUUGUGAUUUUACCGAUUUUUUUUUUCUUGUAGAUUUGUAGUAUUCUGGUCAAGUUCUUGUGCUGUACUUUGUGCGUAGAAAUGGAGUUGUGUUGUCAACCCCCGUCGGUAAAGAUUCCUUAAAAUAAAAUCAUCCUCAAGUGUAGAUUUCUCUUAAUUCCAUUUGUGUUAUCAUGUUAAACUAUUGUUGUGGCUUCUUGUGUAACGACAGGAACUGUGGAACUGUGUUGUCUUUCGUGUUGUUAAAAUAAGAGACGUCUUACCUGUAUAUGUAAGAGUUCUCCUGUCAUUGUACUUGGCACGUGAAUAUUGUGUACAAGGAAAUGUUAAGACUGGUUACCCCUAAACAACAUAUACUUAUACCUGCUUCUGGAAAAGUGUUUAAGACUUAGCUAGGUUUCCAUUUAGAUCUUCAUAUCUGUUGCAUGGAAGAAAGUUGGAAUCUUGGCAUAGAGUUGCAUGAUAUGUAAGAUUUUGUGCAUUAAUAAUUGUUAAAAUCUGUGUUCCAAAAGUGGACAUAGCAUGUACAGGCAGUUUUCUGUCCUGUGCACAAAAAAGUAAAAAAAAAAGUUGUUUAAUAUUUGUUGUUGUAUACCCAGAUACGCACCGAAUAAACUCUUUAUAUUCAUUCAAA